CCUAGCCAAGCUCGUAGUUCCGUAUCGUAUCAGGACAGUCAUUAGAGACUGACUGAUCUUUGAUGAUGGCGGCGGUUUCUCCUACAUCGGCUGAUGUACCGGGGCUGGAGACCCAGUCGAGAGAAAUUGAGAGCCUGCUUAAAGGCCAGGAGCUGCGAGCAGGAGACAGCUGGUACCUCCUGGAGAGGCGCUGGUUUAGUCAAUGGAAGGAAUUUGUCAAAAGUGGAGACCAGAAUUCCACUUCAUUUCCUGGACAGAUUGACAACACAGAGCUCUUUGAAGAUUUGGAGUCUUACCGUCUGAAGGAACGGCUAGUUGAAAACGAAGACUUCAUAUUUGUUCCUGCUGAGGCUUGGCACAAACUUCUGUCCUGGUAUGGCAUGUUGCCUGAUCAUCCAGCCCUGGAGCGUAAGGUUGUGGAUCUGCCCAGCACCCUCAAGGUUGAAGUUUACCCUGUUGAAAUUUUCCUGUGCCUUCACACUGAUAUGGAAAGCCCUAUUUUGGCCCAGUUCAGCCGAGUUGACACCAUAGAUACUAUCCAGAAGUUUAUGAGACUCCAGCUUGGUAUCCUUGAUUGUGCUGAAACCAGACUUUGGAUGAAAAGUUCUGACACCAGCUGUGAACGUCUGCGGAAUAUGCAGCUAACUGUCUUGGAUGCAGGACUCAGCUCUGGCAUGACUGUGAUUAUGGAGACAAGAAAUCCAGACGGCACGUGGCCAAGUUCCAGGCCUCAGAUUAUGAGAAAUUCCAUGGAUGAACAUGAUUCCUACAGGGGUCAGCCAGGGGUUUGUGGACUGACAAAUUUGGGAAACACAUGCUUUAUGAACUCUGCUUUGCAGUGCCUCAGUAACAUACCACCCUUGACGGAGUACUUCCUAAAGAAUGCCUACUUGGAGGAGUUGAAUUUUACAAAUCCACUGGGGAUGAAGGGCGAGAUUGCUGAGGCUUAUGCCGAUGUCAUCAAACAGAUGUGGUCCGGAAGACAUUAUGCCGUUGUCCCUCAUUUUUUCAAGACCAAAGUGGGUCAUUUUGCCUCUCAGUUUUUGGGAUACCAGCAGCAUGACUCUCAGGAAUUGCUGUCUUUUCUUUUGGAUGGACUGCAUGAAGAUCUAAACCGGGUGAAGAACAAGGAAUAUAUUGAACUGAGAGAUGCUGAUGGUCGACCAGACCAGGAAGUGGCAGAAGAGGCCUGGCGCAACCACCGGCGACGGAACGACUCUGUCAUUGUAGACACAUUUCAUGGACUCUUUAAAUCCACACUAGUCUGUCCUGAAUGUGGCAAAGUGUCUGUAACAUUUGAUCCUUUCUGCUACUUGAGUGUACCAUUGCCAGUUAGCAAAGAGCGUGUGAUGGAAAUUUUCUUUGUGUCACUUGACCCUGCAGCAAAGCCUGUGCAGCAUCGAGUGGUGGUUCCUAAAGCAGGAAAGGUGUCUGAUCUGUGUGCUGCCCUUUCCAAGUCAACUCGUGUGCCAGCCAACCAGAUGGUGGUUGCAGACGUCUUUAACCAUCGCUUCUACAAGAUUUAUCACAUGGACGAGUCCCUAAACUGCAUUUUAGACCGGGAUGAUAUUUUUGUAUAUGAACUAAGUAGCGGCUCCCUUGAUGAAGAGGGUGAAGAGGUGGUUUUGGCACUUUAUCUGCGUGAGCGAUCUCACUACAGUUCAAGCAGCAGCUAUGGGACCUCUCUAUUUGGGCACCCUUUGCUCAUUUCAGUGCCCCGGAACAAGUGUACCCAAGAAGCCUUAUACCAUGUCUUUCUGCAUCGUCUAGCCCGGUAUGUUCACCUCCCUGAUUCCUCUGAGGAAGAGGUUGAGGAUGAGGACAGUCCAGAGGAAGAUUUGUACAACCUGCAGUCAAAUGGUCUCAGUGAAGAUGCUCUUUCUGAAGAUGAGGCAGAUGAAGAAAAUGAACAAGCAGGACAGUCAAGCCAAGAGGAAGAAGGCUCUGAAUCUGAGCCCCCCAAUACAGAGCACCCCGCUAAACAGCAGGUUCUUUCAGUACCACCCAAUACAGUUACGGACAGAGGUAGCAGUGAAGAGGAAAGCCCAACCCAGAGAAGGGCAGCUGAGAGACCCAGGGUAAAAGUGAAUGCUGAGAUACCUUCAGGGAGUCCCCUUUCUGAGGAUGACGACUCAUUCCAGGAUCGCCAUGCUAUUGAAAGUCAGGCCAAGAGGAAACGACACCCACACAGAAGGAGGAGGAGAUUGUUUGCAAUCCAGGCAGUCAACUCGAAUGGCACAACUGAGCGUGGCCAAGGGGAGGGGGGCAACGCCUUCUCUUUCAGUUCUCAGCCCUAUGUAGCCAUUGAUUGGGACCCUGAAAUGAAGAAAAAAUACUACGAUGAAGCAGAGGCUGAGAAAUAUGUCAAGGAUAAGAGUAUGGACUUCACGCUGAAGCCAAGCUUGAUAGAGUUACAGCAGUGCAUUGAACUCUUUACUACGGUAGAAGUACUGGAAGAAGAAAAUCCCUGGUAUUGUCCAACAUGUAAAAAGCACCAACUCGCCACCAAAAAGCUGGAUUUAUGGUCGCUGCCUGAAGUUCUGAUAAUUCAUCUGAAGCGUUUCUCUUAUACCAAAUAUGCGAGAGAGAAGCUGGACACCAUCGUUGAGUUUCCUAUCAGGGAUCUUGACUUCUCUAGGUAUCUGCUGAAGAAGACUGUUCCUCAAGAUGAACCUCCCAGCCGCUACGACCUUAUUGCUGUUUCUAACCACUAUGGGGGCCUCAGAGAUGGGCACUAUACCACUUUUGCAAGGAAUAAGGAUAGCGGCCAGUGGUACUACUUUGACGACAGUAAAGUUACCUGUACUACAGAGGAUCGCAUUGUAACGAGUGCAGCGUAUGUUUUGUUCUACCAACGUCAAGACAAGAUUAGCAAGCCUGCUUUAUCCAAACCAUCCACCAGCACAUCUGACUUUAUGAAGGAGGCACCCUUCUAUGGUAAGGAGGAAGCUGAUGGAGAGGACUCUUGCCCCAGCAUGGAGACUGACUGACAUGGAUGGACUGAGGCCAGGAGUUGCUAAUUUUUAUGUAAAUUUUUGGAGUCUUUUCUCAUAAGACUUGAAUCUACCUUCCUUGAGGGGCAGAGAAAGGACACGGUGUUAAAUCUCAGGCUGGAGCUGUUCUGGGGUUUUAGAGCACAGAGAACUGUGAUACCGGUACCAUUGUGGCUGCUCUACUGGGUACGUAGCAGUCAUUGAUCAAUGCAGCCGCUAGAACUGAGGUGUCUAGUGCAGAAAUGCAGUGUCAUAGCUGUUGUUCUUGAAAUCUUGGAUUUAAUGAUGCUGGGUUUAAAAAAAACAAAACAAAAAAAAAACUGGCAUUGUUGGGUGGAAAUAUCUAUUGUUUGUUUCACCUGCUGAUAGUUGACUGUUUGCACACCACUGUUUGAUUUAUAUGAAUUGUUGUAGUUGAUUUUAGCAUGGUACAGUUGUGAUGGUGGCCCUGAGCUGGAAGGACAUCUCAUAACUGCUGGCGGGUCUCUCAUAGAGUGACGGCACUCCUCUUCAGCAGGCUCCACACAGCUGAGUCUCAAAACGCUUCUGCCAUGCAGAAAUUCUUUGGAGUGGGCCUAGCCCACUUUGUCUUUUUUUUUUUUAAUUUGUUAAGAAAGAGUGGAUUCAGUUAUUUUUGUGGAAAGAGCGGUUCCCCUUCUUUGUGGCUCUGUAAAUUGCCACUGUAGCGUGCCAGCACUUUCCACUUCUUUCCAGGGGGAGAGGAUCCAUGCUGUUACCACUUUCCCGUCAGUCAUCUUUUAUAUGUGUCUUUUUUAAGCUAAUAAUUCCUGCAAUGCCAGUUUCUUUUGAAACCUUGAAAUGUGAUUUUUAUUUUGAAUCUCAUUAGACUUGAAAGUUCUCUAAAGAUUUUUAUGCCAAGACCUUUUUCUAUACAAAUUAUAUUGGAUAGAUAUUAAAAAUGAACUUGAACGUGCAAGAAGAUGUGGUAUUUCCAUACCCUCCCCACCUACCCACCUGCAUAUCCUGUAAAGGCUGAAUCUGAUAUGGAGAAAAAUCUGUAAGCUGGAAUUGUUUUUCUAUUGCAUAAUUUGCAUAUUAUCAAAACCUGCAUUUGUCUUUUAUAUUUUUAUAUUUAUUUUAGUUUACAAAAAAGUUGCAGAUGGCAAAAAAAUUCAGAUUUGCAAUGUAAUUUGGGGCCAAGAGGGCAUAGUGUGUGGCCAAGUUUUAUUGUCCCACUUCAGUCAGAUGUCAGACUGGAUUUGUGAGCUGUGUUGGACUAGCCAGAUAAUGUUAUGUUUACAUGCUACAGGAAUCUGAACUUCCCCAUGGAACAUUUCAUGCAAGCAUGCUUUCAGAUGACAGCACCCACAAUAACAAUUUGGAGAAAACUACUUGCCCAAAAUUCACAUAAUGCUAACAAAAGUGCAAAAUACAGGGGGACCUGGGAGGUCUGAGACCCCCUAAUAAACCCCAUGGACCUCCUGCAAGCCUGAAGAUCAGUAUUUUUGGGUGGUUGUCCCUAAAAUAAAUAAAAUAAUUAAAACACGCUGUAAAUUACUUAGUGCCCUUUAGUGAGUUCGUAACAGAGUGCAGAAAGCCCUUAAGGUGCAGGAGUAGACCACAAAAGGGGCGGGGUGAAGUGAGUGAGUGGCGGCUGACUGGGCGGGGUGAGUGAGGCGAGUGGAUAGUGGCUGGCAAGGCAAGGUUAGUGUGGCUUUGCUGUGUGAUGCUGGGUAGUUUUUGUUUGUAAAAUAUACUUAUCUUGUACAUAAGAGAUGCGUAUCCUAGCUGACAAUAUUCGUCAUAUCGAAUUGAUUGUAUAUUCCAUACUUCCAGAGUAAGAUUUCAGUGUUUAGCUAAUGGGAACUUCUCGACUACCUCAGGGUUAUUUUGCACACUGCUUCUACACUCAUCUGAUUAUUUCAAAUAAAAAUGAUUAUGAACUAGGGCAUUUUAUGGCGUUCUUGCAUUUCAAGGGGUGCAAUACAUGCAUUUUUGCAUUUAAUUUCAUUUGCCUAUUAUUUUCACCAAAUAAUUAAAUGUUUUUUGUGCAGACCAACUGGCAAAUCAACAGUGACAUCACACUGCUCUCAAAUAUCCAAACCAAAAAUGCACAUUACCAGAGUGAUGUGUGAAGGUGUGACACCACAGAUGAUAAUUCAAUUUCCUGUGCGCAUAACAUUACUGUGCAUAUGGUGGUCACCCUAGUUAAUUUAUCACAAGCUGUAAUUCUUCUAUAGUUGCAUUCUGGUGUGGCCGUUUAUUGCAAAGUUUUUUAUGCACUUGUCCCUGUGUACCAGGGCAGUGGUGAGGAUUGGCUACUAGGGCCAUUUAAGCACCAGACCUAAGAUUUUAGCGUCACUCUUCUAGGAGAGAGGAUUUGUUAAGAAUUAAACUCUUCUUUAGGCACAUGAGUAUGGGGACAGUUUAACCUCCUUAGUGUUACAUUUUUUCUCAAAAAAACAUGUAAAAAGCGUAUUUUUGGAUAUAAGUCAGAGGUGUAGGAAGUAUAAUAAUGAUACAAAUAAUAAUAAUAUGAACAGCACACUGCACAUGUGUGAGUGAUGGGAGUGUCACUUUUUAAUUCCUAGAGUCCCUUUCGGUUUCACUGUCCGUUUCGAUUUCACUGCCUGAAGAUAGAUUCACCUCGUCAUCACUGCUAAUGAGAGGUGUUUCUUUUGAGACGCUGUUAUGAGGCUUGGAGAAUACACGUUAAUACCAAUACCCAGUUAAAGUUCUGGCCUGACGCUUACAUAUAAGACAUGACUAUACCAUUGGCCAACUAACGUUCAGCACUAAUGAUGUUGGCACUUUUACAGCCCGAGUGAUCCCCAGUCUAACGCUUACAUGAGACACGUCUAUACUGCUAUCCGAUUGACAUUCAGGUCUAAUGCUUUUAGCACUGUUUUUACAGCCUGAGUGACGGUCGAGUCUAACGCUAAGGAGGUUAAUAUUGUCAGGUAUUGACAGAAAUGCCAAAGCACAGAAAUUUGACAAGCGUUCCUGCAUUGAGCACAUGUGGAGAGAUGGGAAGUUUAAUGGACUUUAUUAGUAAUUGUUUGAAUCUCAGUAAGAUGAGACAGAGGAGCCCAAGUGGCCUCCCUGACAAAGCUACAAGCACAUGUCUUUCCAGUAAUCACUAAAAUAAAACUCAAGUUGAGUCUUUCACACUCUUGUGUAAACAUUUUAAAAAAUUCAGGUUUUAGUUUAUUGAAGGUGAUGUACUAUGUGGCCAUGGCUGAGGGUGGGUUAGUUAAAAAGCUAGUUUACUUAAUUUGGAAGUUAUAAACAACCAAAGUUAAGUUUUUUUAUGCAUGUUGAAAUAAUGCCAAAUCAAAUUUUCAGCCUAUCUGCCUGACCCCCACUAUAGCAUAGCUUACAAUUUUUGAUUUGUGUUAUUGUUUUCAAAUUAGCAACGAAAGCUCUGAAAUAAAUGGAAGCGUACUUACAGUGCCCAGCAAAAUAAAAAAACAACCAAAGUCAUACACUUCAAUACUUUAUUAAAUCAACUUUAGCUUUGAAUUAUGGCACACUUUCAAUGUUUCAGUGAGCUUUUGCAGUGUCUCAACAUUUAUUUUCUUGUGUUAAUUUUUCACACAGAAUUUUUUUGACGACAGGAGAGUCAAACCUCUCCGUAAAAUCAUCUCCACCAAAUUCCAAAGACUUUUCAAUGGGGUUAAGGUCAGGAUCUGUGGCAGCCAAUUCAUGUGGGAAAAUGAUUCUUCAUCCUCCGUAAACCACCACACUUUCACAAUUUGAGCCCAAUGAAUCUUGGCAUUCUCGUCUUGGAAUAUGCCCAUGCCGUCAAAGAAGAAAAAAAAUCCAUUGAUGAGAUAACCUGGUUUGUCAGUAGAUCUGGAUACUCAGCUGGCUUCAUUUUAUUGCUGCAAAACAUGCUGAGCCUACAUCACACCAACUGAAGUGACCUCAGAUCAUAACACGGUGGGCACAGUGCAUGAUGGGUCUAUCACUUCGCACACUUGUUUCAACUUUGUGGAAGAAAAGUGGUUAGGGGGGAAAACAAAUCUUAAAUGAUCGUGAUCAGGGAAUCACUAGAAUGUUUGUUGAAACCAAAUCAUAGAAAAGAAGGUCUGUCUAUCUCAGUGUUUCUCAAACUGUGUGCCGUGGCACACUAGAUUUGCAGAUGUGCUGCGGGAGUUUCUACAAAUAUUUGAAAUUUAUACAGGUUUUCAGAACGCUACACGUGCAGCGUUACACAGGUCUGCCUACUAUUAAAUUUUUAUCCUACGUUGCGAUGACGUCCCCACUUGCAACGACCAGUAAUAGUAGCCCGCACUCUCCCCUUUUCUCUGCCCUGCUAAAUCGGAACGCUACAUUUUGACGGAAAGGGGUGUUAGCUAUUCAGGUUAUGGAAUUUUCCACUAUACAUAUAUUAUUAUAAUGACUAAAAUGUAGGCCGCCCUAGCAGACACACAGCAGUUUUUGAAUUGGUAACGAUAAUAAUAAGCGAUGUGUUUCAUUUAAAUUUUUUAGGUGUAUGCUAAUAAUAACAAAUUAUCAAUAAGCGUUAUUCAUUGUUAUCCAUGGAGAAAUACGUUAGCAAGAAUGAAACUGCGAAAGCGUUAAAAAAAAAAAGCAAGGAACCAAACGAAGGUACAAAGAAGAUUACAUCGGAUAUGGUUUCAUAUCUUCGGGACCUGAAGAUGCUCCAUUGCCAUUCUGUCUGAUCUGCAAUUCAGCUCUGUCGAAUGAGGCGCUUGUUCCAAGCAAAUUGAAGAGACACUUGGAAACAAAACAUCCAGCUGUAAAAGCGCAACCGAAGGAAUACUUCGAAAACAUCAGGGCUCAACAAAAUAAACAAGCUAAGAAACUUACGAACUACCUAAAGCUGCCAGAAAAGGGAUUGAUUGCAAGUUAUAAGGUUGCUCAGUUAUUAGCAAAACGCAAGAAAGCGCAUACAGAGGCUGAAUCAGUCAUUGCACCAGCUUUAGCAAUAGUUGUUGAAACUAUCCUUGGACCCGAUGCCGCCGAAAAAGUUAAGAAAGUUCCUUUGUCAAAUGAUACUAUCUCGCACAGAAUUGAAGACUUAUCGUCAGAUUUACAAGAUCAAAUCUGUGAACACUUUGACGCGCCUGACGAUGAAGUGUCUCUGUUGUGGUCUCUUCAAGUUGAUGAAUCUACUGACGUUAGCGGCAAAGCCCAGCUGCUAGCUUUUAUUCGGUUCAUAAAGGAUGAAAAAUGUGUCAACGAAUUCUUAUUUUGCAAAGACUUACAAACUACGACCAAAGGCGAAGAUAUUUUCAAUGUGGUGAACGAAAACAUUUUGCUCUUCAAACUACAGUGGAAAAACUGUGUCAGCGUUUGCACCGAUGGCUGUCCUUCCAUGCAGGGAAAUAGAAAGGGAUUCGUCACUCUUGUGCGUCAAGAAAAUCCAAAUGUAUUAGUUGUUCACUGCAUGAUCCACAGAGAAGCUCUUGCCUUCAAAUCUUUGCCGAAAGAUUUGAUGUCUGUUCUGGAUCAAGUGAUUACAGUUGUAAACUUCAUCAAAUCUCGACCGCUUGCAUCCCGACUUUUCUCUCAGCUCUGUGAAGCAAUGGAUUCAGACUACAAAUGCCUCCUGUAUCACACCAACGUUCAUUGGCUCUCCAGGGGAAAAGUGUUAAAGCGUGUCGUCCAACUCAAGGCUGAGCUGAUUUCAUUCUUGGAGGCUGAAAAAAAGACUUUGGAUUUUCUAUUCAUGACGAGAUCUGGUGGGUUAAGGUGACAUUUCUCUCUGAUUUAUUUGACAAAUUAAAUUCACUGAAUUUAAGUCUUCAAGGACCAUCGGAAAACAUCAUCACUGCAUCCUCAAAACUGAAGUCAUUUGGUGAAAAAUUGUCGUUGUGGCAAAGUAAGAUCUCGAAAGGAGUCUUCGACUGCUUUCCUACUUACAAUAAAUGUGCUUCAAAUAAAGAAAUCACCCCCUAAAUUCUGUACACUUUGACACACCUGCAGUCAGCAUUGCAGCAUUACUUCCCAACAGUUGGAAGUAAUGAAUAUGGAUGGGUCAGCUAUCCAUUUGGAAACAAUGAAGCUACAAAUCUUACAACUGAAGAAGAAGAGCAGCUCAUUGAUUUAAAAAACGAUGCAGUUCUUAAGUCAAGUUUUGCUGAGAAAAGCCUGGAUGUGUUUUGGAUUUCAAUCAACAAGUUAUAUCCUGCAAUCAGUUUAAAAGCAAUCAAAAUAAUUCUUCCAUUUGCAUCUUCAUGGUUUUGUGAGUUUGGAUUUUCAGCACUGACUGAAAUCAAGUCUAAGAAAAGAGAGAGACUUCUUACAAUAGACACUGAAAUGCGAGUUUGUUUGUCGACUUUGGAGCCUCGAUUAGAUCGCAUUUGCUCUCAAAAACAGGCACAUCCUUCACAUUGAAUGUAAUACUUAAAAACAGGUAAAAUAAUUUUUCAUUUUAUUAUAAAACAACUGUUGUUCUUCCUGGUGUGCCGCGAAAUUUUUUAGUUUUUUUACUGUGCCAACAGACAAAAAAGUUUGAGAAACACUGGUCUAUCUUCAUGCCCUGAUGCGCCCAUCAUACUCUGAAACAGGGUAAAUCUGGACUCGUCAGACCACAUGACCUUUUUCCAUUGCUCCACAGUCCAAUCUUUAUGCUCCCUAGAAAGCUGAAGUUGUUUUUUUCUGAUUAGCCUCACAAACCAGUGGCUCUUUUGAGGCCGCACAUCAUUAAAUCCCAAUCCUGGAAGUUCUCAUCACGUUGUACAAGUGGAAAUGCUCUUACUUUCACUACUAAACACAGCAUUGAGUUCAACUGUUGAUUUUCUACGACACCAACAAGCGUGAUUUCCAGUCAUGAUCAAUUUUUUUUUCCCCCACCCACAUUCUUCUGCAAAGUUUACGGUACACCACUAUCCUUCCAUUUUUAAUAAUGCUUUGGAUGGUUCCUAACCCAAUUCCAUAAAUUCCACAAAUCUUGUUUUCUUUGCUUGAUGCAGGCCAAUAAUUUACCUUCUGAAAUACAGUAACGUCUUUUCCCGUGACCACAGUAAAAUAUCUUCAGACUUAGUUGUUUAAGAAACGAGAAGCUAAAAAUUGCAUCAGUGAAUUGGAAUUAUGGCCGUUCCAGUCAUUGGCUCCCAAGUGUUCUCUUAUAUAAAUUCAAGCGGCAACUUCAUUUUUGCCCAGGCAGUGUAGUUCUCACCAUAGUUUGCUAAUCCAGUGUCUAGUGCAGCAUUUCAUGGAGAUCUUGUUCUAAAGUGUGCCUCUCAGUAAACGAACAAGUCCAUUACGGUCAUGCUUGAAAUUUGAUGAACCCAUAUUCCUGCAUAUAUAUAUAUAACUUGAAACAUCAUUGGAUUUUGACACAAGUCCAAAACACAGAUAUGGAGAGCCCAGCUAAAUAAAUACCAUAUCAUAUUUGGUUGUUUGUUUAUUGAGGAAAAUCACCCAGUGUUACAUAUCUGUGAAUGGCAAAGUAUGUAAACAGAAUUGGGUGUUGUCAAUCAAUGUGAAAGAGCUUCAUCUUCAAACACGUUUAUGCAGUAGCAGCAUACCAUGUCACGGACAAAGGAUAUUUCAGAGGACCUCAGAAAAAAGAAUUGUUGAUGCUCAUCAUGUUGGUAAAGGCUACAAAACCAUCUAGUUUAGAUGGCACCAAUCCACAGUCACACAGACUCUGUACAAAUGGAGGAAGCUUAAGACUAUUGUUACUCUCCCCAGGAAUGGCUGGCCAACAGAGACCACCAGGUCACAAAAUAGCCAAGUGUAACUUCCAAGCAACUAAAAGCCUUUCUCCUAUUGGAUGAGUCCACCAUCAUGGGAACACCGAAUAGCAGUUGUGUGCUAUUCUUGGGUUGCAAGGAGAAAACCACUGCUUUCCAAAAAACAAACCUUGCUUCCCGUCUACAUUUUGGACAAGCCUGAAAACUAUGGGAGUAAAGUUUUAUGGACAGAUGAGACUUUUGGCUCAAAUCAGAAGUGUUCUGUUUGGAGAAAGAAGAACACUGCAUUCCAGCAUGAGAAAUUCGUCCCAUCUGUGAAAUAUGGUGGCAUUAGUAUCAAGCUUUGGGCCUGUUUUGCUGCAUCUGGGCCAGAACAGCUUGCCAUUGUGGACAGGAAAAUGAAUUCUGAAUUAUAUAGCGAAUCCUAAAGGAAAAGGUGGACUACAUCUCAAGAGAAACUGGCCAAUGCAGCAAGACAAUGACUCUAAGCAAACAAGUCGUUACACCAAAGAGUGGUGAAGAAGAAUAAAAUAAAGGUUUUGUUGGAAUGGCCAAGUCAAAGUCCUGACCUUAACCCUAUAGAAAUGCUGUGGAAGGACCUGAAGCAUGCAGUUCAUUUGAGAAAACCCAGCAACAUCCCUGCGUUGAGGCAGCUCUGUGUGGAGGAUCCUCGAAGCCGAUGAGCAGAACUGAUCUUCAGCUGGAAACAUUUAGUUGCAGUUAUUGCUGCAAAAGUGGGUGACGCCAAAUACUAAAAGUAAAGGGUCAGAUACUCUUGCCACUCACAGGUCUGUAAUACUGGGUGAUUUUCCUCGGUAAAUAAAUAAAUGUUCUUUAUUAAUUAACUGGGUUCUCCAUAUCGACUUUUAGGACUUGUGUGAAAAUCUGAUGAUGUUUUAAGUCGUAUUUAUGCAGGAAUAUGGAAAAUUCUGAAGGGUUUGUGAACUUUCAAGCACUACUAUAUAUAGAUGCGUCAUGUCUGCUGCCCUUCCAAGCUCGACUUCUGUUAUUCCUGUUUUUAAGUUUCAGUCCUAACCCUCUUUGAUGUGUCACAAGAUCAUUUUAAUCUUGCCGGGUGCUGAGUGUGCAGGAGUCGGCCACAGUCCAAGCACCCUGACUGAAAGUGACAGACGGUUUGGAUGCUUCAGUAUCUGUGAGUCAGACGUGUGAAAUCUUUGUUUGCCAUUUUAUACUUUGGUGGAGAUGAGUUGACGUGGGAUCAAAUUAGCACUUGGCCGUACGUCACUUCCUUCACUUCCCUGGCCAUGUGCUUGCAGUGUGAACUGGGAACAAAACUUUAGCAAAAAAAAAACCAGCAGGGUGGCAUUGCCAGGAGUAACGGGUGUCUGUCCGUGUUAUUGAGCCGUUAGUGAACGGAGUGAAUAACAUUCAUACGUUGUUUUGGUUGGCAGGGCUGCACCUCUCCACUGUCGUGUGCUAAUGAGGCCGACUGCUACGUCUUAAUGUCUACUCCCAUUUGGUAGGGAGGGCUGUGGGUUAUUUUGUAUAUAUUUAUUUUUUCCAUAAACUCUUUGUCUGUCUGCAACAUUUUUUCAAAUUAACUGACAGCUUCUGCCGGAGUAAUGACCUGCGAUAUCACAACCACUUCUCGUAUUACGACUACUGAGUAGGAAAACCGUCCAGCUAGACCAGCACCUGACCGGUUUAAUAUCAACUGCAAGAUACUCGAAAAAAAAAAUACAAAUAAUAAUAAUAAACAUCCCGGCCUCUUUAUUUAACACUUUGUAAAGCUGGGUACAAGGUGUAAUGUGUAAAGAAAACAAAAAAAUAUUUGACUUUUGUACUUUUAGAAAUUAGUUGGCUGUCUUUAAAUAAAAAAAAAAACAAAACAAAGUCUUAAUGACUGGAAAGGAGACAAAGCCGAGACGCAUAUCAGGAUGUUCCAGUUUGAUGGAUGCAAAAAUGUUCAGGGAGCAGCGUUGACAAUUUGAAUGGCAAAAUACUGCCAGCGGCUUUAAUGGGAAAGCAUUCUUAAUGUCUCACCUCACCAGUACUGUGACACCCCGACGAAACAAAAACUCCAGAGUUUGAUCCGUGACUAAUGUAUCUAGUGCUACAUCAACAUUUUUUUUAGAAACUUUUUUCUUAUCAUUCCACUGAUAUUCCGUUCACUCCGGUUGACCCCUGUGCCCGGAAUACCAGUGGGCUACAGAGCAGUUUUCAUUAUAGUUUGUAGCUGUUACAGUACAGUCUGGCUAAACAGUUUGUCACGCACAGGCCGGACUGAACCCCACUAGCACUUUAAAAAGGCCACCAAGGCACAGUCAAUGUGUAAAGUUGAGGAAGAACCAUCACAAUGAAAAGGGUUUACAGUGCAGGGCCAGCUGUUCUUCACGCUGAAAACGGGCUUGAAAUUGGGGUCAGUAAAGGGGGGCUGCGUCAGACUCUGAUCUGCAGGCAGUGGGGUGUAGUAGUUAAAAGUUUGGACUCCAAACCCUGAGGUUGUGUGUUCAAAUCCCGCUCCUGACACUAUGUGGCCCUGAACAAGUCACUUGACCUGCCUGUGCUCCUGCUGGAAACCAAAAGAAUUUAAUCGGUUGUAUCAUAAAUGCUGUACGUCAUCUUGGAUAAAGGAGUCAGGCGAAUAAGUAAAUGUAAACUUACGAACUUUUCUUUGUUGCAGACGGGGUACUCGAAUGACAGCUUGUCUGCUCAUUUUGCUAUUAAAACAAGGAAACAAAUUGUCGGCAAUCACGCACUAAAAUACGUUCUGUCCCAUGACAUAGUAACUUAUAGACCGGCUGAGGUGCGAGGCUUAUAUGGCCGCCUUAAUUUAUUUUCAACAUAAGUACUUUGAGCCGACACAGUGGCCAUUAAGUAUACCUCCAGGCUUGCUCUACAUUCUCUGUGCCGGUUUUCAGACAUCUCAGGCUUGAUGCUGUGUACAUCUGUGCUGACGUCCUCUGAUGGACCUGAACAGGGCAGGUUGCACUCUUCCCAUUCUUGUUCAUCUUCACAGCAUGUGACCGCCUUUUACUGUAGUCUGGUUUUAUAAUCUUAGAUAUUUGUAUAGUUAUGGUUUUUUUUUUUUUUGCUUUACCUCCUAAGAAGACAAUUAACUUAUUGUUGGUUGUACAAAGGUGGCUGUCUUGGCGGGCCCACCACCAUUGAGCGCCUGCGAUGUGUCUGCAUGAUGCCGCUAAACAGCAGAAGUGUGGGCACAGUAAGUGAUGAAUGAUGGAUGCUGAUGCCUGACUGUCUGUGCAUUUGAAUGUGGACGUGUGUGCUGCACAUUUUUCGGCAUUGUGACACACAGUGGGAGAGAACAGUCUGGCUGUGACUUUUUUGUUUGGAGGGGUUGGUGUCAGAAAUAGAAGUUUAAAGCAAGGCAAUCUGGACAGUGGGCAGCAACAAUUUAUUUUCUGGUCUUUUGGAAUGAAAAAGGAUACAGUUAAGCAUAAACGCUCACAUCGUUGGUAGCCUGUAGCAUCAGACAGUUGUUCGUUUGUUGUGUGUGGACACAGUUUUAGGUAAGGAAUAGCCGAAAAAUGUCUGGAGAAUAGCUUGUUUUGUUCCAAGGCAAGUUCCAUCUUGGCCACAGACAACCCCCCCCCCCCGUGUGUUCAGCAGUGGGCACGCGUCCCGUCCGGACCCACACACAGUCAAGCCCAUGCUAGAUGGGCCUGCAGACUUAAAAUAGAAAUUCCCUGGUCUGCUGUCUUGAAUGCAAGCCUACUGUGCAAAUGUGUCUUCAGCUUGUGCCUGUCAGGACAAGGAAACGGGUGACUUUUACGUUUGAAAGCAGUUUUUUUAAAUUAUGUUUUUAUUUUAGUGUUCAGAUUUACACAGGAGGUUGCCGGUAUAACAAAACCUAUAAUAAAGAUUAAUACUUAAAGGAUCUAUUUUUCAUGUAAGUUGUCUUUAGCCUUUAUGGAUGUUUUCAUUUUUUUAUUGGGGAUACGGAGGGAGGGAUGGAUAUAUCAAAUGUUCUUAAUUAUAAAACAGAGCUUAAAUAUAUGCAUAAAUAAUAUAUUGUAUUUUCAUAAAAAACAUACUUGCCAAUUUUGACAUUGUUUAAAUAAGAGAGGGAGCAUUAUUUUUCUCGCAUGCUGUUAAAAGUGUGUAAAUAAAGAAAAUGAUUUUAUU